CUCUCUAUCCAUACCGAGAACACUCUUGGCUCUUCCGGUCUUCCCCUCUCCACCUCGUCCCCGCCGUCCUCUGACCUCUGCUCGCUCCUCUCUUCCCGUCCAUGGCGGCCGCAGCAACGUCCUCCUCGGCCUCCGCUUCGCCGCUCCUCCUCCCCUCAGGGCCGAGACAAGCCUCGUCGUCGAGGGCGUGGCUUCACGGCGGCGGCGCGUCCAGGAGCAGGGCGCCGUGCUGCUGCAAGGCCACCGGCGGCGGAAGCGCGGCGAAAUGCGGGGCAGCUGACGAUUUGACGACCAGUGGUGGCAGCAGUACCAGGAGGGGGAUGCUAGGGGUGGCCCUGGGAGCGUCUGCCUUGGGGCUGGCCGCGUUCGAUGCCGUCGCCGCCGGGUUGCCACCGGAGGAGAAGCCCAAGCUCUGCGACGCCGCCUGCGAAAGCGAGCUCGAAAAUGUGCCUAUGGUUACCACAGAAUCCGGUCUGCAGUACAAGGACAUCAAAGUGGGUGAAGGGCCAAGUCCACCCAUUGGUUUCCAGGUUGCUGCAAAUUAUGUUGCCAUGGUACCAAAUGGGCAGAUAUUCGACAGUUCAUUGGAGAAAGGUCAGCCCUACAUAUUCCGUGUUGGAUCAGGACAGGUGAUACAGGGGCUUGAUGAAGGGAUUUUGUCAAUGAAGGUUGGAGGACUACGCCGUUUGUAUAUACCUGGGCCACUAGCGUUCCCUAAGGGUCUUACUUCAGCUCCAGGAAGACCAAGAGUGCCUCCUAGCAGCCCUGUCGUAUUCGACGUCAACUUACUGUACAUACCGGGCCUUGAUGACGAGUGAAAAACAUUCUGCUGCAACAGUCAUGUUUUUUUAUAUUGCCAAGCAACUUACUGUACAUCUACUAGAGCAACAAUUCUUUCCGGCUGAAGAUUAUGCGCAAGUAUUUGGGUUGAAGUACAUAGCAACAUGGUUGAUUCUUUAUUUGGAAACUCACUGAAGAUGCAAUGGUAGAUAUGUGCCCAAGCAGAGA